CAGUUCCGUCCCCCAUUCCCCUGCAGCUACACCCAAGAAGAUCUCUGAUUAGAAAUGUCCCGUCAUGGUCAGCACUACAUAAGCGCCAGAAGUGUGUCGGCAAAGGACCUGGACGAUUCUGAAUCGGGAGGAGAUAAGAGUAAGAGUAAGGAACGAGUAAGGAACUUAGUUCUCAAGAAGGUGUGCCGCGGACGGAACGUCCAGGACUCUCCAGGAUACAGGGGAAAGGCAAUGUUGAACUGCUCUAAUAGGACAAGAAAAUACAGCAAGCAUUCAAAAGACAAUCUCCAUUCGGGAAAUGAGGACGGAGGUAUGCCCAAGGACACAGAGUACAUUUCAAGUGAUCACGAUGACUCGCCGUCCUGGUCUCAGCAGAGCCUGCUAUCCAGUGAUCGUUCCAAAAGCUAUAGUCAGAUAUGUAGCGAAAUCUUGGAAGAGUCUAAGGAACGACAAGAGAAGGCAGAGUGCGCUUUUCGCGUCUACAAUAUAAACAGAUCCAAGCUGCGUAGGUCCCAUCAACAAUCCUUGUCCAGGGGUCCGGGAAGUGGGAGUUAUGGGAGCAGCAUGGCCUCAGAGUAUUCAAGUAAAUCGGAAGCAGGCUACCAGGACUAUGACAGUCCAUCGACAGAUCCUUCACGAGAACACGUUCAAAUGGCAAAUGUGGCAAAUAUAGAUAAGUGGACUAGACCAAAACAGUUCAAGGUAGAGUCAUAUAAAAUGGAAAUAAAAGAAAGGCCCAAUUACCGCAAAACUCAAGAAGUAAGCCACUCGUAUUCAUGUCCAUUGGAAAGUAGGAUUUCAAAAGGUUCUUUAGUUACCAGGCACAGAGCAAGAUCAUGCGUCUGCGCACAAGAGUCCUCGGCUUGUAGCCUUUGCACUGCCCACUCCAGAUCAGGAAAGCACCAUUCCGAGGGCUGCGACGCAGAGGUGAUUGAUGGACCCGAUUAUCCUGUAGACUGCAGAAGUGACAUUCCUACAACUGCGACAUCGCAAUCGCGCUCACAAAGAGAUUAUCUUUCGAGCUGCUGCACACGCCAUCGUCAUCAUCCUCAUUAUCAUCGCCAGAGGAGUGUGCCAAAGACAUAUCAAGAUCGUGGAAAUAGUCCCAUUAACAUCAAGACGAGGCGCAAGACGCGCGACUACCAGGAACCUCACUUCGCAUUUCGCACCGAGAAAGUGGAGGCGGCGGUUCAGCUCAGCAGAUCAAGUGCCUCCAUUGGGGUGCAAUAUCCCAGUCAAGACGAGAACGCGGAUUGGACUGAUUGGACUCCAGAUACAACACAGGGUGACCGACAGUUCAAAGGUCAUGAUGGCGAUUGCUUGAGAUCAACAGAAAAAAAACGGUCUAUAUCUAAUGAGCAAAGUCCAAUUACGCUAAGGAAUACAAAUGCUAAGGAUGUCGACAUACCUGAUUGUUUUGGAUCAUUUGCCAUGAAUAAGCAUCUUAGUGUCAUUACCGAGGAUGCAUCUCAACACCACAAAGAUCCAGAUGAAGAUAUGAUCGAUAGUCAGCUAAGUAAUUCCGUUCUUCUCGAGACCUACGACGAAGGUGAGAAAUAUGCUUAUAGUUAUCAGUACAGCUACAAACCCGAGAUAUGCAAUAAUAACCAGUUCGUUUCCGAUGAAUCUGAUCUUAAGGUCUCCAGUAAGGAAGGCUAUCAAAUGGAUCAAGAAGUAAGAGACUAUGUAAUGGAUAAGCAAGAGCUUGUCCAUGAAGGUGGAUCAGAUGCAUCUUUGAGUGAAGUAGCCAAGUCGAAAAGCUUUCUAAGCCUUAAGAUAUACGACGCUGACGAAGCCCUGAUGGAAAUUCCAGAGGACUUCGAGGGCCCUGCAAUAGUUCUGGAUGAUGAUGCCGACUUUUUGGACAUCACACUGACCGACGACGAGGAGAAGAUUCGGGCCAAGUUGAUGGCAGCGGCACUCACUACCAGAAAGACUACCUCCUCCAUCAGCCCCAAUAUUAGUUUAAGAACCCGUUCGCCCAUAGAGCCGAGUAGUCUGAGCUAUAAGCCCAAUGUUAUCUUUACUCGUCGCUCGGAGGUGAUCAAAGAUAACUAUACUCCCCGUCCGGACGAUCGCGUUGCCCUGCUUGCAGAGAAAUUCCUCCAAAGCUUUAGCGAAUCUGCCCCUAAUGAUUAUGGAUGGAAGCCCUCUAAACAGGAGGUGACCUCUGCAGUCUCUAUUUCACAUUUGUUCAACGAGAAUGGGGUCACCAGAAGGGGAGGCGAUACUCCACUUUGCGGGGACCGUCAGCUGCUGUCCGUGGAAUUCAACAGAAAGCUGCAACGUCAGCUCAAAGUGAUUGUAGAGAGUUUCCAAUGAAAUUCCUUGGAUCUUAUAUUUUCUAUUUGCAAUUGCGUGUCAGAAAAUACAUAGCGGAAUUCGUUGACCGCCUAUGGAAGUUCUG